AUGUUUUCUUUCUCUCGUUUCGUUCCACGACCACGGGAAUUCCCUAGCAUUGCUCUACCGAACCAAGUUCGAUGGUCCUCAUCAAAGCGCUGGCAAGCUCGCCAGCACAAGGACCAGUUCACGAGAGAAGCGGCUGUACAGGGGUUGAAAAGCCGAGCGGCCUUUAAACUACUCCAGGUAUUCCACCUCAAACGCCUAGUGUCUGUUCCUUGCUGCUCACUAGAACGAUCGGCGCAGAUUGAUGAGAGGUACCGUAUCUUUAAACGCGGACAAACGGUAGUCGAUUUGGGAUAUGCACCUGGGUCUUGGUCACAGGUGGCUGUGAGCCGUACACAACCCAGUGGCCGAGUUCUCGGUGUCGACAUCAUUCCCGCCCAGCCGCCCAAAGGCGUCUCGACAAUACAAGGAAAUUUCCUGGCACCUGAAAUUCAGGCAUAUAUACAGGAAUUUCUGCGCGACCCUAAUAGAGGCAGACUGCGCUCUCCUGGCGCCAUCGACGGCCCCGGCAUGAGUGCUGUGGAGACCGAGCUGCCUGGGAAGGCUUCCGAUGCAGAUCCACAUACUACGGCGAGUGAACGGACGGUAGAUGUGGUCCUUAGUGAUAUGUCCGCCCCCUGGCACCAGACAACUGGCUUUUGGAAAAGGAGUCUAAGUAAUCCGUAUAACAGGAUGAUGAACACCAGUGGGAACGCCUUUCGAGAUCACGCUGGAAGCAUGGAUCUGUGCAAUGCUGCAUUGGAUUUCAGCUCGAAUGUCCUUAGGACCGGGGGACAUUUCGUUUGCAAAUUCUACCAAGGCGUGGAGGACAAAGACCUAGAAAACCGGCUGAAGAGCCUAUUUCAGAAGGUUCAACGGCUGAAGCCCGAGUCUUCUCGCAGUGAAUCCAAGGAAUCAUUUUUCAUUGGCCUGGAUCGGAAACCGUAA